GCUUUCCAGGCAUCCCUGGCGCGAUCGAGUGCCUUCUGGGCUCGUGAGUACCUACCUCUCGCGGUGGGGUGAACUCCGGCACUAAGGACCUUGCCCCUGGCUGUCAACAACACCACAACACAGCGCCGAUACAUCAAUAUAUACUACUUUUGCAGCUGUUUUUAGCGAUUUUGGAUAUUCUCUAGCUAUCUGACGAUGUCGCAGAGGCGAAAAAAGCGCCGAUUUUUAACGCCUCCGCCCGUCCUGGCCACCGACGAAUACCUGUCGCACCAGCAAGCUCAACUCGAAACUCCACAACGCUCUGCAGUACUUUCAACGCUGUAUUUUUGUGAGGUAAAGGGCAUCCCCUGUAACCUCUCAGAAAUCAGAGAAGUUUUUAAAGUACCCGAAUCCACGUCCACUGAUAUAUUAAGCUUAAAGCGCGCGCGCCGACUCCAGAAUUCCGACGAACCUAACACCCGCGGCAACCUACGAGAACUCACGAACUCCGACGUCAACGCUAUCGCUACAUAUAUUGAUAACGCUCCAUUUAAAGAAAAGGGAGACCUAUGGGUAGACCUAGCUUUUCGCGCGGGCGUAAAUCCACCACCGGGCAAGAAGGAGUGGACAAGGCAGACAAUACAGCAGAGGGUGACAGAACUCACCGGGAUGAAAAGCCACAAAGCAGCUAUCAAAGAGGACCACCCGGAGCAUAUACAGAGAGCUAGAGUACGCUGGUGUAUCGCUCAAUUAGUUAUCCGACCUCAUGGAGUUGAUUGGCGCUGCGUUAUUUGGUGCGAUGAGCUCCACUGGGCGACUAGCCCUAGGCAUGUCAAAAAUGUCAAGAGGUUUCCAGGAACCGACAACCGAUACAGGGAGGAUAAUAUACAGUACCAAAAGGACGCCAGAAAGGACCCAGUCAAGAAGAAAUGGUUCUAUAUAUUUACAGUAAUAGGCUACAACUUCGCAUGGUGUAUACCCUACGACGCGGGAAACUCCAACGGCAAGAUAAACGCUCGAACUUUCCUAACAGUCCUACCUCACCUACGCGACGCUAUACUAGGCAAGGAGCUUAUUCUAUAUAUAGAUUGCGACUCUGCUCACAAAGCUGGAGACGUCCUUAAGUGGAUGGGCAAGAACGGCAUGGAUUAGUUAAUCGCUGCCCCAAGUUCUCCAGAUCUUUCUGUAAUAGAGACCUGGACGAAGCCUCUCCGCGAUUGAUUUACAGCCCGCAGAGUUGAAACUAUACAGGAAGGCUGCGAGCGCUUUUACUGGUGCUGGGAGCAGUUGAAGGAGGAGAAGAUAAACAAGUCAAUUAACAGCUAUCCAGCGCGAUUGUAGGACUGUCGAAGGCUCAAGGGCAAGGCUACAAAGUACUGAGCCCUCCCGGCUCUCUAGGAGUUGCUACACCAAGAAAAUCAUGUAUAUAGAGCUCUCCACUAAACCCUACAGCUUCAAAAAGCUAUAUAAACUAUCGCGAGACCUCCAGAAAUGUUGAAAGUACGAUAUUUGGUGAGGUUUUCCAGGUUCUCGCAUUUCUGGUGGUUUUGGGCUUAGUGCCGGAGAAUUCCCCACCGCGAGAGCCUACCUACCCAUGAGACGACUAGCUAAGUGCUGACCCAGUUGUGCAGCGAACCUC